GUACCGAAGAGCUGUCUCCACAAUCUCUUUCUCCCUCUCGAUCUCGAGCUGUAAAGCCAUCUGUAUCCUCCACAAUCGCUCCUCUCUCUCUCUCUCUCUCUCUCUCUCUCUAUCUCUCUUGUUGCUGCUGCUGCCAUGGCUUCAGCUAGCUUGUCAGCCUUGGCAAGAUUUUUGCUGUCUCCUCUGCCUAACGUGGUAGUGGACAAAUUAUUCACUUAUUUAUUUGAUUAUCUAUCCGAAGAUGACCCAUCAUCAUCAUCAGCCACCGAUGCAAAUUCCCACAAUAUUUCGAAAGAUGAUUUGGAAGCCUUGAAGCGCUGCAUUGGCAACAUCAAGUUCAAUCUAAAUACAGCCAAACAGCUUCAGAAGCAAGACCAGAACCUCUCCCACUUGCUGACACAAUUCAAAGAUGUUGCCUAUGAGAUAGAAGACUCGCAAGAUGAAUUGGAGUACAGGGACCUGCAGAAAAAACUCGAGGAAGAUCAGCUAUCGCCGCCAGCCAUCUUCGUUAGCGAUCUGCGGAACAUUAUAAAACGAUUUAAUAGAAUUGAGUCUGAUCUAAGGCGUGCCGUUGAGAUAUCUGUGCAUAUGACCAAGCCAAAUCUUGGUUUACAGCAUGAACGAAUAACUUCAUCUGCUGUUACUGAAAGUAAAAUCUAUGGACGAGAGGAUGAAAGAAAGCAGUUAAUUUAAAUGCUGAAGAUGACAGGAGUUGGAAAUGUCUGUGUCCUGCCAAUUGUGGGGUUGGGUGGUACUGGAAAGACAGCUCUUGCUCAAAUUGUAUUCAACGAUAAACAAAUUGAAAAACAUUUUCAUUAUAGGACAUGGGUUUAUGAUUCUCAAGAAUUUGAUCGAGUGACUAUCACAAGAGAGGUCCUGGAAUCUGUUAGUAACAAUGAAUUCUCAUGCAGUACGAAUUUGGACAGUAUGGAAAGAAAGCUCAAAAAAGCUUUGGCAGGGAAGAGGUUUUUGCUUGUUUUGGAUGAUGUUUGGACUCAUGAUUGGAAAUGUUUACCAAGUUGGAAAGGUUAUUCAGGUUGGAAAGGUUUUACAGGUUUUCUAGAAUCUGCUGGUGCAGAGUGUGUCAAAAUUGUGGUGACAACUAGAAACUCAUCGGUACUGGAAGGGCGGCUAACUCCAGACAUAUUUACUCUGAAAGGAUUGAAGAAGAAGGAAUACUGGUCAUUUUUUGUAAAAUGUGUAUUCGGUGAGGAAGAAGACCCGGCUAAGUGCCCUGUUACGUUGCAAAGUAUCGGAGAACGGAUAGUGCAGAAGCUGAAAGGAUCACCUCUGGCAGCGAAAACAAUAGGAAGGCUCUUAUGGAAGGACACUAGAGAGGAGCAAUGGAUGCGUGUCUUGGAGAGCAAUUUGUGGGAAUUAGGGACUAAUACCGAUGAUAUCAUGCCUGCACUCGCAUUGAGCUAUGAUCAUCUACCUGACCAUCUUCAAAGGUGCUUUGUUUUUUGUUCUAUCUUUCCCACAAAUUACAUGUUCACAAUGCAAGAUGUGGUCUACAUGUGGAUAGCACAGGGCUUUGUAAGUUCAGAGACACCAGAAGACACAGGAAGAGAAUAUUUUGAUGAGCUAUUGUCUAGGCAUUUCUUCCAACCUUGCCAAGGUUCACCGUUCUUCAAAUUUCAUUCCUUAGCGCAUGAUUUGGCACGCUCAGUUUGCGCUGGUGAGUGUUGUUCAUAUGAUAUGAGAGACAUAUCACAUACUGUUCGGCACUUGUGGGCUCCAGGACUGAAUAGUAUUCAGCUUGAACCCCAACAGAAAAGUUUGCGCUCAUUUGUGGUGGGAAAAUUUGAAAGCAAUUUUCAUCUCUUCAAUCGAAAUGAAUUAAAUGGCAUAUUGCAUCACAAUAGUGCAGCAUUUAAAAGGAUCCGGGUGCUGGUGUUAAUUAAUUGUAAUGUGGUGUCUACAUUUCCUGAUGUUUUCAGUGACAUGAAGCACUUGCGGUACCUGGAUCUUUACAGAACCAGCAUCAUAUCGGCACCAAAAUCACUGUUUGUUCUUUACCACUUGAAAUUGUUGAGAUUACCGAAUAUUGAUGUACUACCAGAUCAAUUCCACAAACUCAUAAACCUUCGCUUUUUCAGAGUGAACACCGAAACUGUGACUAAAGACACAGUUCAUGCCUAUGAGAUUGAAUUUCCUGUGAAAAAGGAGAGUGGCUACAAGAUAGCACAGCUGAGGGACAUGAAUGACUUAAGAGGAACACUUGUGAUCAGAAAGCUCGAGAACAUCGACAACAAGGAAGAUGCAAGAAACGCCAAUCUACACAAGAAAUGCAACAUCGAGUGCCUGCGCUUAAUUUGGUCAAAUUCUGGAGAUGGCUGUGAGUCUAGUAUUGCAGAAGAAGUGCUUGAAAGUCUCCGGCCGCAUUCCCAACUGAAGAAACUACACAUCAAUGGUUACAUGGGUGUGAAUUCUCCCAGCUGGUUCAUGACACUUCAACUGGAAAGGCUUCAAACAAUAGAAUUCUAUGCUUGCAAGAAUUGGGCAACUCUUCCUCCACUCGGCCAGUUGCAGUUUCUCACCUUUCUAUCCUUAAAUGCCAUAGAUGACAUAACAAUUGAGGGUGAUGAUCAGGUUGUCUCUCCCAUAUUCCCAUUCUUGAAAGAGUUGGAAUUGAAGGAGGUUUCUGUGACUUUCAGAGGUAUGCCAUUGUCAGCAGGAACAGGUGGUUGCAGCUACUUUCCUUGUCUUGUUCAUCUCAGGAUUGUGUGCUGUGAUAGAGUUAGUGGAUUGCCAUGGCCAGUGUUGUCAGCUCUUCAAGUGCUACAAAUUGAAGAUAGUGAGGGUCUGGGUGAUCAAUUGCCAGGUUGCUUCAAAUACCUCACUUCUCUUAAACAUAUUGACAUUAAGGGACAAACAUGCAAUGCUCUUCAGUGGUGAAGGUCCUGGAAGUUAUAAGACAUUGUCAUCUAACUUAGCACUGAAAGAGAAAGAGAAAGAGAGAGUCAAUGGAGAUUGACAAUGCAGACUGAAAAGAAGAAGGAUGCAGACAGCAAUAAGUCCAUAUUGUUGAAGAGUUCACUCAGAAACUAAGCAAAGUUGACUCUUCUUUAUUAGAUUGGAUUACACUGUGUACGUAGAACAAAUUAAUCAAGUGCUGGUGUUUGAUUGGAUGUUUGUUUUGUUACUUUUGUGUGCUUUGUCAGCUUCCAUGUUGGCAAGCUUUUAAUGUUGUGUCUGUAUAUUAUGUUUCUAAGUUAGUGUCUAAGCUAAGCUCGUCACUGUAAGCUUCAUCAGUUAUUUGAACUUCUCUGCAAAGCUCGUCACUGUAAGCUUAAUCAGUUAUUUGAACUUCUCUGCAUCCUUGAGAGUGUCUUUUGAAUGUGUAUUUG